AUGUUUAAGCAAGUAACCUUAGAUGAGAAGUUUGAAGAUGCUAAACUUUCAGCUGUCACCUCUGAAGUGGUUUCCCAAACCCCAGCUCCAACCACCCAUUCUGCAGAGCCACCCCCUGACACUCCGAAGGACAGCAAAGAACUCGACGAUGCCCUGGAUCAACUUUCUGACAGUCUUGGGCAAAGACAGCCUGAUCCAGAUGAGAACAAACCCCUAGAGGAUAAAGUCAAGGAAAAAGCGAAAGCCGAACACAGAGACAAGCUGGGAGAAAGAGAUGACACCAUCCCACCUGAAUAUCGACAUCUCUUGGAUGAUGACAAGGAGGGCAAAUCAGCAAAACCACCUACAAAGAAACCCGAGGCAUCAAAGAAACCUACAGAUGCCAAAGACCCCAUUGACGCCCUCUCAGGGGACCUAGACAGCUGUCCCUCAACUACAGAAACCUCAGAGAACACAGCAAAGGACAAAGACAAGAAGACUGCUUCCAGCUCCAAAGCACCUAAGAAUGGGGGUAAAGCAAAGGAUUCUGCAAAGGCAAAGGAGGAAACUUCCAAGCCAAAAGCUGAUGGAAAAAGUACAAGUUAAAGUUCACACUAUCUGGUAUCUGCAUAUAAAAUCUUCAGCUGGUAGAUGGUGACUUUUGAAGAACAAAAGGCUUUGACAGCAGAAAAAUUUUCUGGGUGGCUUCUAGAUGGCUGUAUUUGUUGAGUCUUUUGACAUCCUAUUUGUUAUUCUUUUCCUGAAAAACUGAAUUUGUCUGGUUCACCUGUGUUAUUCUACUGAGUAUUGAUAAACUUUGAAUUUUUAAAAAGUG